GACGAAAUUGGAAGGGCAUAUAGAACAGCACAUUCAAAUGUGAUUUUUCUUGAAACUGGAAGUGGAAAGGUUAUAAUCUGCGGUGAUAUUACCAAGCUUGUAACUAGAUCGUGCUUCAAAUGCAAAUAACAAAAGUAAUAGAGUUUAGUCCUCUAGAUACCUUCUCAAGCAUGCCCUUCUGCAAGAGAUUUUAAUUUGAAUUGCAAUUCUUAUGAACUUGGUUGAGUCAAGCAAAAGAGUAUCAGAGGGGUGCCUUCUGUUAAGAAACUUGAGCCUCCUUCAAAUGAAAAAAGUUUGAUUGCUGCAGAUUAGAAAGUUGCUAUCCCAGGCUCCCAACAUUUUGAGAUUUGACCAGCGCGUCCUCUGUACUAAAUUUUCCUCUUGGAGAGAGUAACUCAAUUUUCUCCUACAUUCGCUUGUGACCUUAUGACCUCUGCUUUUAUGCUUUGGAAGAGACAAAGAUUAGUUGAUCUGCCAUUUCAUUUUUGUAUUCUAAGUUUGGUAGUUGCACAAAUUGUAUUUAAGUUCACAAGAUUGAUUUCUCACUUAACAAUAAGGGAGCACAACAUUGAGCAAGAAAGCUCAUUUGUGUCCCAUCAGAAUCAUUUAUUUUAGUAAGAACUUGAAGAUUUUGGCAUUUUAAAGCGGUAUUUAAUUGGAAUUUGAGCUUGAUGGUGAAAGAAGAGCGACAUGGAGCCAUGGAGCAAUCUCAGUGACAAGGUGAUCAUGGUGACGGGGGCAUCCUCUGGCCUAGGCCGGGAAUUCUGUCUCGACUUGGCCAAAGCCGGCUGCAGGAUAAUCGCAGCCGCUCGUCGAGUGGACCAUCUGAAGUCACUCUGUGAUGACAUCAAUCGCCUCACCCCUCACUCUUCCAAUGGUCCUGUAGCCAUAGCGGUGGAGCUUGACGUCUCGGCAGCAGGGCCUACAAUUGAGAAGGCCGUGCAGCAGGCUUGGGAGGCAUUUGGGAGAAUUGAUGCUUUGGUUAACAAUGCUGGUAUUAGAGGCGGCACGAAUUCUGCCUUGGCUUUGUCGGAGGAGGAGUGGAAUCAAGUUAUAAAUACUAAUCUAAGAGGGUCGUGGUUGGUAUCAAAGUAUGUCUGCAUGCGUAUGCGUGAUGCCAAACAUGGAGGGUCAGUCAUCAAUAUUUCUUCAAUUGCUGGACUUGAUCGUGUGCAAGCAUUUGGGGUCCUUGCGUAUGCCUCUUCAAAGGCAGCUCAACACGCGAUGACUAAGGUGUUGGCCUUGGAGUUGGGUGCACAUAACAUCAGAGUGAACGCAAUAGCACCAGGAUUUUUCAGAUCGGAGAUUACAGAAGGUCUGUUUAAGAAACAGGAGCUAAGUAACUUUGUUGCGAAAGUUGUCCCUCUAAGGAGUUUGGGCACUACUGAUCCAGCCUUAACUUCCCUUAUCCGAUACCUAAUCCAUGAUUCUUCAGCGUAUGUCUCAGGGAACAUUUUCGUUGUUGAUGCUGGUACCACAUUGCCUGGUGUUCCCAUUUUCUCUUCCCUCUGAACCAGUGUUCGUUAUGUUUUGAACAAUUAUGUAUGUUCUAGAAUUGUUUAACAUUUAGGAAAUUAUAUUGUAAUAAUUAAUCAUUAAUGAAUAAGGAUAAACAAC